AUGGCAAGAACAAAGCAAACAGCGCGUAAGUCCACUGGCGGCAAAGCUCCACGGAAGCAGCUCGCCACGAAGGCUGCCCGUAAGAGUGCUCCAGCCACCGGCGGUGUGAAGAAACCUCACCGUUACAGGCCCGGUACCGUGGCUCUCAGGGAGAUCCGUCGCUACCAGAAGUCCACCGAGCUGCUUAUCCGCAAGCUGCCCUUCCAGCGCCUGGUGAGAGAAAUCGCACAAGACUUCAAGACUGACCUGCGCUUCCAGAGCUCGGCCAUCAUGGCGCUGCAGGAGUCCAGCGAGGCUUACCUGGUGGGCCUUUUCGAAGACACCAACCUGUGCGCCAUCCACGCUAAGAGGGUCACCAUCAUGCCCAAAGACAUCCAGCUGGCCCGACGUAUUCGCGGCGAGAGAGCAUAA